AUGUCAAACGUGCUCAAAUAAUUCUUGGGUCAGCUAGCUAGACCUUCUCAAGCCUCACUCUAUGCUUAAAAUGACAUGGUAGCUCAAGCUCUGAUUUAAAUCUUUACAAACAAUCAUCAUGGAACCUAGCCCCAAAGCCUUCACCAGCCAUCUCAUUUACCUCAUUAACUAAGUCCUGCCUACUCGACAGACUCCAAAGCAAGUCAAUUGUAUCUUAAGAGUCAGUAGCAAAUGUCCUCUUAGGGGAUGAAAAUUGGAGUUCAGUAAACCCCUGUUUGGAUUCAAAGGGAACAAUUUAUGAUGAAAGCUCAUGAAAAUGAGAUUCUUGAAUAGUUUGAGGAGGAAUAAAACCAGACAGAAAAUUUGGAUGGCCAAAAUGUUGCUUAAGAAUAGUAAAGCGUCAGCAGUCUUAAACUGGGUUUGCCCAGAGAUCAGUCAUUUAUCUACCCCUUCAGGUAGGUAGGUAUGUCUCAGAUGGGAUUUCCUCUAGAUUUUAAUCAAAAUCAAGCUUCUGAGAAUGAAAUUGCUGAUUCUAAAUAAACACAAGGUCAAAUUUACUCAGCUGACUAGUCUGAUUAAAGAUACAGUCCUAAUUAAUAUGGAACUCCUGAUUACGAAUACACAGAUAAUUAGGAUUAAUAACACUAUCAGGAAAUGAUAGACUUAUCAAUUAAGAAACCAAAACGAGUCUUCAACAACAAAGAAGAUUAAGUCAGAUAUAUUGAAGGAUUCAGAACUAAAUACAAGACUGAGAUUUGCAAGAACUGGGAGCUUACAGGAUUUUGCUAAUUUGAAUCUAGUUGCUCAUUCGCUCACGGCCAGCACGAACUUAAUACCAAGCAAAAUAUCCCCAAAAACUAUAAGACAAAGCUUUGCAAGAGAUUCCAUGAGGAAUUUUACUGUCCAUAUGGACCAAGAUGCCAAUUCAAGCACUAAAAUGAUGAUCUUCCAAAUAGGAAUGAUUACCACAACUUGAACGGACAAUAGAAGUCUAACUAAACUUUAAAGACACAACAAAGUAAUGCAGACUAAUCCAAGGCAGCUUAGACCUAAUAUGACCUCAAUGAUAUGAGAUUGCUUCACGAAGCUCUGACUAAGGAACUUAAAACCAGCAAGUCAUUCAAAAUCGGCCAAAUUACCUCAGAAGAUAAUGCAGUUAGCGCAGCUGAUGCUGACUUCUUUGGAAUUGAGUCCAACUUGAAUGAGAAGAACUCUACUCUGUUGCCAAACCUCAUGAGUAGGAAGAGACUUCAAAUAUUUGAGAAGAUCACUCUGACUAAAUCUAGUAAGAGAAAAAACAAGAAAGGUGGUGCCAAAGCAGAAAACGCAGUACACGCUCAAGCAUUAAAAACCAAAUUAUGA